AUACAACCUCUUCUUUUUUUUUAUUAUUUCAUGAAGUUAUAAAAUUUAUUUCUAAUUAAAGGCGAAAUGAAGGAUUCUUUGAUAUUCAGUCUCUUACUUCUCUCCAUUUUCUUUUAUGAAGCUCAAGGAAUAAGGCUGAAAGAGUUGAGUACAUCAGCUAGCUACAAUCAAGAAAGCAUCACCAAGAGUUCAUGGGAAAGUAAAGACGAUGGGUCAGCCGUGACUAGUGUGGUUUCAUCAGGCAGGAAUAGGAAACUUAUGACAAAAACAAUAUCUUCAAGUCCUACCACCAUCAAUGAAAAGAAUGAUCAGAAAGCAAACAAAAGUUUUGCUCAUGAAGCACUUACAAAGGAAGGAAUAAUUUCUCCAACUACAUUAGUACCGAAAAAUUCUAAACACGAGAAGAUAGAAGUCAGCUCAGAACUAUCACCAGACGCUAUAAACGACAUAGCAGGAAUGGAUUAUUCUCCGGCCAAGAGAAAACCUCCGAUACACAAUUGAACACAAAAUAUAAUUAAACCGACCAAUUAUGACAAAUAUAGCUAGCAAUGUGAGAUUCACCGAGAACUCCUCAAAGUGAUCCAUCAUAGAAGUAUAAUGACUUAAAUAUGAUGAAGUCAUCCAAAGUGCUCCAUGUACAUUAAGGUAUAUAGGUUACAUGUAUCUUUGUAGAUAUAAUGUAUGAUAUAUAUGAUGAUAUAAGGUCAUUUUCAUUAAUAUCUGAUGAUUUUGUAGCACGUAUGAUUGUGAAAUGAAAUAAUGUACAAUGUACAAUAAGACAGUCAUGUGUCUCUAUAAUACGUACACAUUUUAUGAAA